CGAGGACCCCGGAGUCACUCAAGGCUCAAAAUGGCGACGGCGGCCGCUGCAUCGGCUUCAGAACCCGAGGCGGAGGCCCCCGCUGGGCCCCAGGCCGAGGGAGAGGAGGAUGAGGUGAACGCAGACGGGUCGAGGAGGAAAGUCUUGUCGCGGGCUGUGGCCGCUGCCACGUACAAGGCCGCGGGGCCGGGGUGCGAGGCGCCGGAGGAAGGCGUGAGCGACAGCGGUGGAGACGAGGAGGACUACGCCAUGGCCUCCUCGGCCGAGAGCUCCCCCGGGGAGUGCGAGUGGGAGUACGACGACGACGAGGAGAAGAACCAGCUGGAGAUCGAGCGUCUGGAGGAGCAGCUGUCCAUCAACGUCUUUGACUACAACUGCCACGUGGACCUGAUCCGGCUGCUGCGGCUGGAGGGGGAGCUCACCAAAGUGAGGGCGGCCCGCCAGAAGAUGAGCGAGAUCUUCCCCUUGACUGAAGAGCUCUGGCUGGAGUGGCUGCACGACGAGAUCAACAUGGCCCUGGACGGCGUGGACCGAGAGCAAGUGUACGAACUCUUUGAGAGAGCCGUCAAGGAUUAUAUCUGUCCUGAUAUUUGGCUCGAGUAUGGCCAGUACUCAGUUGGUGGGAUUGGUCAGAAAGGCGGCCUUGAAAAGGUCCGAUCUGUGUUCGAAAGGGCUCUCUCAUCUGUUGGCCUGCACAUGACCAAAGGACUCGCCAUCUGGGAGGCUUAUCGCGAAUUUGAAAGUGCGGUAGUGGAAGCUGCCCGGCCCAUGGCUGACUUCCUUACCCCUUCUGACCGGGAACAAACCUUUGAUUCACAGCUUGAGAAAGUCCACAGUCUCUUCCGGAGGCAACUGGCGAUCCCCCUCUAUGAUAUGGAGGCCACGUUUGCAGAGUACGAAGAGUGGUCAGAAGACCCGAUACCAGAGGUGGUGGCGCAGAGCUAUGCCAAAGCACUCCAGCAGCUGGAGAAGUACAAGCCCUACGAGGAGGCUCUGCUGCGAGCAGAGGCUCCCCGGCUGGCCGAGUACCAAGCCUACAUCGAGUUUGAGAUGAAGGGCGGCGAUCCUGCUCGCAUCCAGUUGAUCUUUGAGCGUGCCCUGGUGGAGAACUGCCUGGUCCCCGACUUAUGGAUCCGUUACAGUCAGUACCUAGAUCGGCAGCUGAAAGUGAAGGACCUGGUUUUAUCUGUGCACAGCCGAGCUGUUAGGAACUGCCCCUGGACAGUCGCCUUGUGGAGUCGGUACCUCUUGGCCAUGGAAAGACACGGCGCCGAACAUCAAGUCAUUUCUGCAACCUUUGAGAAAGCUCUUAGUGCCGGCUUCAUCCAGGCUACUGACUAUGUGGAGAUCUGGCAGACCUACCUUGAUUACCUGCGGAGAAGGGUUGAUUUCAAGCAAGAUUCCAGUAAAGAACUGGAGGAGUUGAGGUCUGCGUUCACUCGUGCUUUGGAGUAUCUGAAACAGGAGGUAGAAGAGCGUUUCAGCGAGAGUGGAGACCCGAGCUGCGUGAUCAUGCAGAACUGGGCUAGGAUUGAGGCUCGACUGUGCAGUAACAUGCAGAAGGCUCGGGAACUCUGGGACAGCAUCAUGACCAAAGGCAACGCCAAGUAUGCCAACAUGUGGCUUGAGUACUACAGCCUGGAAAGGGCACACGGAGACACCCAGCACUGCAGGAAAGCCCUGCAUCGCGCCGUCCAGUGCACCAGUGACUACCCAGAGCACGUCUGCGAGGUGCUGCUCACCAUGGAGCGCACAGAAGGAACUUUGGAAGACUGGGAUAUAGCUGUCCAGAAAACCGAAACGCGACUAGCUCGUGUCAGUGAGCAGAGAAUAAAGGCUGCAGAGAAGGAAGCGGCCCUGGCCCUGCAGGAGGAAGAAAAGGCAGAACAGCGGAAGCGUACCCGGGCUGAGAAGAAAGCGCUGAAGAGGAAGAAGAAGCCCAGAGGUGCAGACAAGCACAAAGCAGAUGAGGACGAGGAGGAGGAGGAGUGGGGCGACGACGAGGAGGAGCAGCCUAACAAGCGCAGAAAGCUUGAGAACAGCGUUCCUCCCGCCAGCGACGCCCAGGACCAGGAGGCGGAAAUGGGGCUCUUUGGGAGAAGUGCACCCACAGACGCCAAGGCCCCCUCAAAGCAGGAGAGGGCGGCCGCCCUGAAGAGGGACGUGCCCAAGGUGGCCCACGAUAGCACUAAGGACAGCGUCACCGUCUUCGUCAGCAACCUGCCCUACAGCCUGGCUGAGCCGGACGCCAAGCUCCGGCCGCUCUUCGAGGCCUGCGGGGAGGUGGCAGAGAUCCGGCCCAUCUUCAGCAACCGCGGGGACUUCCGGGGCUACUGCUACGUGGAGUUUAAAGAGGAGAAGUCGGCCUUGCAGGCGCUGGGAUUGGACCGCAAGGUCGUGGAAGGGAGACCCAUGUUUGUUUCCCCCUGUGUGGAUAAGAGCAAGAACCCCGAUUUCAAGGUGUUCAGGUACAGCACGGCCCUGGAGAAGCACAAGCUGUUCAUCUCGGGACUGCCGUUCUCCUGCACCAAGGAGGAGCUGGAGGAGCUGUGUGAGGUGCACGGCACCGUGAAGGACAUCCGGCUUGUGACCAACCGGGCCGGCAAACCCAAGGGCCUGGCUUACGUGGAGUAUGAGAGCGAGUCCCAGGCGUCACAGGCUGUGAUCAAGAUGGACGGCACGACCAUCAGGGAAAACACCAUCAAGGUGGCCAUCAGCAACCCCCCUCAGAGGAAAGUUCCAGAGAAGCCGGAAGCCAGGAAAGGCCCGGCUGGCCCCAUGGUGCCGCGGCAGAUGUACGGAGCGCGGGGGAAGGGACGGACCCAGCUCUCUCUGCUGCCCCGAGCCCUGCAGCGCCCGGGCGCCCCCGCUCCUCAGGCCGAGAACGGCCCUGCCCCGAAGCCAGCUGCUCCCGCCUCCACGGCCACGGAGGCUCCCAUGAUGUCCAACGCCGACUUUGCCAAGUUGCUCCUGAGGAAGUGAACGGGACUCAGAAGGGCAACUCACACCUCCCUUUGCACUGGCUGGGAAGACCGCCUGGGCCCAGCCGCACCGGGCGAGGACCCGUGCCCCCAGACCUCCCUCUGCUUUAGACGGGAGGGGAGAGGGCGUCCAGGCAGUGACCUGAACUGUUCCCUCACAUUGAGGGCAAGCGGCCACUCCAUGGGCUGGGCACAGGAUGCAGCUCCAAGCUGCCCUUUCUGUCUUAAGAGCGAGAAGUGCAAGUGAAGCUCACACCCCACUUUGAGACCCACUUGUCUCCUUUUUCUAAGACCCUCUCCAUGGCACAUGUGCCCAUCACUUCAUUUUAAGAGACAAGAUGGCAGACGCUGGUCAUUCACCAGAAUGGGCUGUUUUGGUGAAGAGGUGGGAAUGGGGAGAUACAGAAAAACCCGUGUUGGAUUUUUGUUCAAGGGGACGCUGCAUUUUAUAUUCUGUCUCGUGAAGGGCCCAUCAAUCUGAUGUCUUCGUUUCCCCAGAGCAGAGUCUGUGUGACACGUUUUGUACAAGCGUCCACCUCCUGUGGACCAUUAGAUUUGCCUCGUGACUAGUAAACAGUGUUCUCUGUCUAAAUUUUGUUUUUUGUUUAAAUGCCCCUGAUUUUGUUUAAAUACCAAGUCAAGUGCAAAUUUUGAUUUUUCCUUGUUUAGUUUGAUUAAACUCAAGUUCUCUUGAAA